UCUGAUUGGCGGAAGGCGCUGCCCGUCGGCGGGGGGCGUGGCGGCGGCAGCAAGCUGCGCUGCGCGGCAGAGCCCCGCUGGUGUCCGGCGGCGGCAGCUCCUCCCUCCGCCCCGAGCGGCCCCUACGGGACCGGAGAACCAGCCCCGUCUCCAGGCAGAGCGCGUCGCCCUUUGGUCGGAGCAGGUGGUGUGAGCACCCCCGGAGCAGGAUCCUCAGUGCUGGGCCCGGCGCCGAUGGCAGACAAUGUCGACGACUAACAACAUCGCGCAGGCACGCAAGCUGGUGGAGCAGCUCCGCAUCGAGGCCGGCAUCGAGCGGAUCAAGGUCUCCAAAGCCUCUUCGGAGCUGAUGAAUUACUGCGAGCAGCAUGCCCGGAGCGACCCGCUGCUGGUGGGGGUGCCCGCCUCCGAGAACCCCUUUAAGGACAAAAAACCCUGCACCAUCCUAUAGCCGCCCCCGCUGCGGUGCGUGCCCCCCGGGCAGGGCCGAGCCGGACCCGCUGUCACCGCGCCGCGCCGAGGGGUAAAACGCCAAACGUCGGCCGCAGCGCUUCCAUCUGCGGGCACUGCGGGCUGGGGUUGGCCGAGGGCGGGCGCUGCGCCGAGGUUUUUUUGG